UCCAGGACAAAACCAAGAUGAAAUUCCCUUUACUUCUGGCUCUUCUAGUCGGGGGAGCAUCUGCUCUUCAUCUGAGGUCUGAAACUUCUGACUUCAAAAGCUCACCGAGAGAUGAGAACUUACCUAGGGAUGUGGAGCUUUCAAGACCAGAAGUAGAAGAGUGUCCUCCUGGGGAGGAGCUAAUACCGCUGGAGGAAGAGGAAGGUUCUGGGGAUGAGGGAGCUGUCUCGGGCCAGGAUAUGACAGAUGAAGACCUUCAGUGUCCCAGGGCAGAGGACACAAUGAGUCUGCCUGGCAACCCUGGAUGUAAGACCUGUCGCUUCUUGCUGGUGAGGAACCCUCGACCUUUUGGCAAUGCUCAGUCAGUUUGCCAGCGCUGCUACCGGGGCACCCUUGCCUCCAUCCACAGCUUCAGCGUUAACUUCCAAAUCUAUUCCACUGUCAGGGGAUUCAACCAGGGUCAAGUCUGGAUUGGAGGCAGAAUCGUGGGCUGGGGCCGCUGCAAACGCUUUCAAUGGGUUGAUGGAAGCUCUUGGAACUUUGCAUAUUGGGCAGCUGGCCAGCCCCGCCCUGGAGGUGGCAGAUGUGUGACCCUGUGUACUCAAGGAGGCCACUGGCGUCGGUCUCACUGUGCCCAGAGACGUCCCUUCAUCUGUUCGUAUUGAGCUCGUCCCAGCCAGGAGUUUAAAUUCAUCCUCUCCUGGGUAACCGCCUCUCCUUUCCAGCAAAAUGUCUCCAUCUUUCACCUCCCUACAAUAA